UCAUAUUUUGCUGGUUCAUAACAGCCUGGUGGUGUUCAGCCUGGGAGCUAUCUGGAGUUAUAUUUAUGACCGCAUAUCGAAUUAUUUCGCAAAACUAUUUGACUUGCUAAAAUUACAGUAGCCUACGUAGACAGCUAGCUACGUCAAAAUGUUGUAUUCUGCGUAGCCUACGUCUUGCACGACGACAACACUGACAAGUGAAAGAACGCUUAGAAACUGAAAACUUCGGAGAUUGUUUUUACCAGGGAAGUUCACUUAACAACCAGUGAAAUUCGACACGACAAUUUUCCUUUUAGAUAAGAUACUCUUUAAUCAGCAAUUGUUUUCGUUUUUCGACCGAACUUUUUCAACGAUGAGCUUUCUAUUUGGGAGUCGCUCGUCGAAGACCUUUAAGCCGAAGAAGAAUAUCCCAGAGGGUUCCCACCAGUAUGAGCUGUUAAAGCAUGCAGAGGCAACGCUAGGGAGUGGAAACCUGAGGCAGGCUGUCAUGCUGCCAGAGGGCGAAGAUCUUAAUGAAUGGAUUGCUGUUAACACUGUGGACUUCUUCAAUCAGAUAAACAUGCUCUAUGGGACCAUCACUGAGUUCUGCACUGAGACCAGCUGUUCUGUGAUGUCUGCCGGACCCAGGUAUGAAUAUCACUGGGCCGAUGGCACCAACAUCAAAAAGCCAAUCAAGUGCUCUGCCCCCAAGUACAUAGAUUACCUGAUGACCUGGGUGCAGGAUCAGCUGGAUGAUGAGACUCUCUUUCCCUCUAAGAUAGGUGUGCCGUUUCCUAAGAACUUCAUGUCUGUGGCCAAGACCAUCCUUAAGCGCCUGUUCAGAGUCUAUGCCCACAUCUACCACCAGCAUUUUGACUCUGUGAUGCAACUGCAGGAGGAGGCCCACCUAAACACCUCCUUCAAACACUUCAUCUUCUUUGUCCAGGAGUUCAACCUUAUUGACCGCCGUGAGCUGGCACCGCUGCAGGACCUUAUUGAGAAGCUGGGCUCCAAGGACAGAUGAAAGCCUCCCGCUCUUUCCCUCCCUCGUCUCUCCCUCUCAGUGCCUGCCUCUGGGUUUCUGAGUGUCCACUUUUCCACUUUGUGCCUUUUUCUUAGCCCUCUUUCUACCUCUGUACCCUGUACCUAUACUUUCUGUCCCAGCUUAUUUUCUUUCAACCUGUAGUUGUACAACAUUUGUUUUAUUAGAGCUCACUUUAAGGUAAGAUGCCAUUGUGUAGCUAUUAUGAUAUAUAUUUUUUAUUUGGUAAACAAAUUCUAUAAUUGGGACAUACUGACCUGGAAUGUGGACCAUUGUUUUUUUAGGAGUUUAAAUGGAAACCUGGCAUUUCUUUCCUAUGGUAUUUGGGACCAUUUCAAUGUCCCAAAACAGUUUGCUUUUUAACACAUCACAUUUGCAGUUUUAGUCAAUUAUGUACUUCAAUACUGAUCUUUUGUUCUGUAUUUGACAUUUAGAUA